AUGGAUUCUAACAGUUCUGCUGGCGGCGAUGCAUAUCUUGGUCGGAUAAUACUUACAUAUGGAGGCCUGCUCUGCACUUCAGUCGCUAUGGAUAUGCCAAUAAGUGCCCUGGAAGGCGUCCUAAGGAAGACACUAACGUCGGUACCCAAACUCUCUGCAGACUCUGUAGUAUUCUUCGGUACCAUUGCUUCUGCAUUAGUUCUCACAUUCACUCCUCUUUACGGAUUCUACGUAUCAGUCUCGGCCACAAGAUGCAAAAUGAGCGAAUCUGGUUAUUAUACAGCCACUCUUGCACUUAAUUCCCUAAAUUUGUUCUUGGUAUCAGCCAUGGCGUGGGCUCUACUUCGUUUCGACGACCUCGGCCACCUAUUUCAGCCGAAGCCUGUUUUUAAUGACAUCAAGAUGCGCAUACUCAAGAAUCGUCAAACGCCCAGUACUACUCAGUAA